AUGUCUAUCUCAUUCAAAGUACCGGGCGAUGAAGGCGUGUACAUUCCCAACGAAUUCCUCGACUCUCUCAUGCAGCCCGACGUCAUCAAGAAUGCUCUGUGCAAGCACUUUUUCGAGGGAAACCGCGACCUGAUGGAGAAGUACUGGAAGACCCUGAAGGAGCGAGAGCUGCGAGAGUUUUUCCGGCUGCACUUCGGAAAGACGGUCGAAAAAGAAGAACGACCGUUCACGUUCGUCGUGUACGGCGCCUCGGGCUACACCGGAUCCCUCGUUCUCGAGUACAUCUACAAGCAUGUCCGCGGCCUCGGCAGCGAAGUUACCUUCGCGUUGGCCGGUCGAACCCCAAGCAAGCUCUCGGAUCGUCUUGACGAGGUCCUCGCAAAGUUCCCAGACGCCACGUAUAGGCCAGAGAUCUUCAAGGCCGAUAUCUCUAACUCCAUGGAUAUACGCAAGAUGGUGCAGAAAUGUCGCUGCGUGCUCAACGUCGCUGGCCCUUUCAUCAAGACGAACGCUCACCUCCUCGUCGAGGCGUGCAUCGACUUCGAGUGCGACUACGUCGAUGUCAACGGCGAGGUGCCCUUUACGCACAAGCUGAUCCCGCUGCACGACUGGGCUAAGAAGAGAAAUGUCAUUAUCUGCCCGAACUCCGCCGGAGCCGGAGGUCUACCCGACUUGGCCGCGUUUUUCACCGCCGAGGAGCUCAAGAAGGUCACCGACGCCGAGUUGAAGACAUUGCGAUGCUUCAUCACCAGCAACGGCGGCGCCCCGUCAGGAGGCACUCUCGCCACGCGCGCAGCCAUGACCGCCGAGAUGGGUAAAUUUGUCAAAAUCAUGGGUGAUCCGUUCGCUCUCGGUGGCACGGUCGGCGAUGGCAAACGACCCGAGGACUCCGACAAGGUUCUCGCCAAGGUUGAGUAUUUCCCAGAGUUUGAGGGCUGGUCGGGGCCGUUCACAUACGCGUUCUACGAUACCCGCCUGAUCAGGCGCUCGAACUGGCUGUUGGCGGACCUCGGCGAAGAUCCGUACGGCAGACAUUUAAAUUACAGCGAACACCUUCUUUUCCCGUCGGAGGAGGUGGCCAAAGAGGUCACAUCAGCUAACACGAGCUCGAAGAAGGAGGAAGAGAAGCUGAAGAAAGAAGGCAAACUUUUCGGGCUCGGCGAUGGACUCGCCGAGGACGUUCGUUCCAAGCUCUUCAUCGACUACUACUUUCACGCCACUGCCGAAGAUGGCUCCAAGAUUCGGACGAAGAUAUCUGGAGGAGAUGGAUACGACGAGACCGCCAGGUUUGCCGUCGAAAUGACCAUGCUCCUGACGACCAAGCGCGAAGAGUAA